ACUAUGUUUUUAGUUGACUGCGAUCCGCUGGUGAACAAUAUUAUUUCGCUGUCAAUCUGUGAUUUUUUUUGUAAGGAAGACCGUGGGUGAGUAGAGAAGGGUAUAUGGGGGAGGGCGUACUUGGGGGACUCUUGGCUUGACUUUCUUAAAUUAGUCGUGGGAGAGGGCAGUACUGGGGUGGAGCUUAGCACUGUCAGUGCAUGUGUAUUACCUGCGGACCUUUAGUGGGUUUGGGACACUUGCCCUGCGUGUAUGAGUGUGUGACCACACAGAGAGUGAAAGCAAGAGGGAGAAGGAGAGAAAGGGGGAUAACUGAAGAGAAGACAUAAUCUACAUUUAAUGAACUGCCUGCUGCCUUCUUGAAGUUUAAAAUUUUUGUAAACUGUACAUUUGCUGCAGCGCAGCUGGCUGUGGAUAUGGCUGGUUGUCUGCAAAGGACGGGACUUUCUAAAGCAUGGGCUUUUGGUCUGUUUGCACUGUUUUGUGUCGGCUGCUGCCUCUCAACUGUGCGAGCGGAGCCGCUCAACCCAGCAUACCUGUACAGACACAGAUCCGGACCUAAUGCUGAUUCAAUUCUAGUAGCAAACAAUGGGAUCAGAGUCCCCUUUGGGCGCUCUGUCUACCUGGACCCUAUUCAUGACCUGGUGACCGAGGUGCAGCCUGGAGAUCGUUGUCACAUCACAGUCCUGGACAAUGACCCACUGGCACAGAAGCCUGGAAUGUUGAGCCCAAAGAAGUUUCCCUGCUCCUUUGGCCCCGAGGAGGUGAAGUAUACACAUUUUGGACCCCGGAGCCCCAGCAAAGAUCGGGUGAAACUCCAGCUGAGGUAUGACUCACAGACGGACACAGUGGUCGUGCCUUUCAUGUUGGAAGUGGAGGUGGUCUUUCAGCAGCUGGAGGUUCUGACCCGAAACAUGCCCCUGGUUGUGGACAAACUGAAUGGACAGAGCAACCCCAUUGAUAAAAAAGGCCUUGAGUUUGCAUAUGAAGAUGGUGUCACGAAAUGCAAGGUAACAACGCUGGUCGGUGCAGGCGGACUUCCCAGGUAUGGCAAACUUUCAGAUAAUUCUUUAAAUGGCCAAAUGGUUGACUGUGCUGAGUUUGUUAAGAAGGGCAUUCGAUACCAGCACACAGCCAAAACCAACACACCAAACAGAGACUAUGUCCCCAUGUUAGUAGAGGUACAUGACAAUGACGGCAACACCAUUCAGCAGGAACAUUUUCAUGUCAUGGUUAGGAUUAAAGAGGGAUCUGAAAACACCCCUCCAAAGCCCAGCUUUGUUGCAAUGAUGAUGAUGGAAAUAGAUCAGUUUGUGAUGACUGCCCUUACUAGUGACAUGCUGGCUGCUGAGGAUGUUGAAACAAAUGCAGACGACUUAAUAUUUAACAUCACCUCUCCCCUGGGCCCUCAGCAGGGAUUUAUAAUCAGUACAGAUGAUCAGAACCUGCCUAUCACAUCUUUCUAUCAGAGAGACAUUAGGGACCUGAAAAUAGCCUACAAGCCACCCUCUGAAGAUUCAGAAUUGGAGAGAAUUUUUCAGAUUGAAUUUGAAAUAGUGGACUCUGAAGGGGCCGUGUCUGACCCGUUCGCUUUCAUGAUUGUCGUCAAGCCCAUGAACACACUGGCACCUGUGGCCACUAAAAACACGGGGCAGCUGCUGUUUGAGGGUCAGUCCAGACCCUUGUCCAGUGAUCAUAACUUAGAGAUCAGUGAUGAAGACAAUUUAGACAAUGUGAGGAUCACUGUUGUUGAUGGUCUGAAACAUGGAGAGCUGACAGUGCUGGGGUCCCAGCGGAAGUUCUUCACGCCAGCUGAUCUGGACGCAGGUAUUGUUGUGUACCAGCAUGAUGGCAGUGACACAUACAGUGACAACAUUAUUUUCAGAAUGACCGAUGGCAGCAAUGAAGUUGAGUUCCUCUUCCCCAUCACCAUUGCCCCCACUGACGAUGAGCCACCCAUUAUUAAUGCCAACACUGGCAUUGCACUCCAGAAGAAUGAGAUGAUGCAGAUUUCCCCCUUUAUACUGAGUGCAACAGACAUAGACUCUGAGGACUCCACCAUUAAGUUCAUACUGGAGGCUCCAUACUCAACUGUUGGAGAGCUGCUCCUCAGGCAGGUCGAGCCUCCGGCUGACCCGUCCACCUGGAAGUUCAGUGAGACAGACGAGAUGUUUGAACAGGUUGUGACAGAAUGGUUUCAGCAGGACAUCCUAGAUGGAAAGCUGUUCUACCGCCACACAGGGCCUCAUAGUACCACCACUGUGAUAGAUCAGUUAGUGUUCCAUGUCCAGGAUGACAACGACCCACCAAACCAGUCAGGCCAACACACUUUUAUUGUUAAAAUUCAUCCAGUUGAUGACCUACCCCCAGAGCUUUACCCUGGAACCACCCUCCAUAUGACCGUGCAAGAAUACGAGCUAACGCCUUUCAAGAAGAAGUUCCUUCGCUACACUGACCUCGAUUGUGAUGACAGAGAUCUAAAGUACACCAUCAAAAUGGUCCCUAUGGACACAGAUGAGAACAACCCAGUGCCCUUGGGUAACAUAGUCCUUACUGAUAGUCCUGAUUCAGUUAUCACUGAAUUCACUCAAGCCCAGAUUAAUCACCACAAAGUGGCCUACAAACCUCCAGACCAGGAGCUGGGCAUCACCCCCAAAGUGCUUCAGUUCACAUUCAUAGUUGAGGACACAGCUGGUAAUGCAGUUGAUGGCCUUUUCACAAUUUUCUUGCAGCCUGUGGACAACAAGCCUCCAAUGAUCACCAACACCGGUUUCACUGUGCUGGAGACAGGCACCUACAUCAUCACCAAGAAAGAGCUUGAUGCUUCGGAUCAGGACACAGAACUGGAGAAUAUCCUUUUCACUGUUACCCAGAUUCCUCGUUAUGGGCAGCUGCAGUACCUAGGAAUAGAUAUGUCAAAAGAUGAGACCUUUAUGCUUGAUGACAUUGAAAGUAGUCGUCUGGCCUAUAUUCAUGGUGGUGAGGAAUCCCUCACUGACGAGAUCAAAGUAGAUGUGAGUGAUGGCUUCCAUGAAGUGUCCAUCAUCAUCAAAAUCACCAUCAGACCCGUUGAUGAUGAGACGCCCACCAUCAUGCUACCAGCGGGCCUCCUGGGAGCCUCCAUUAACGUGCUGGAGAACGGGGCGACAGAGAUCACUAGCAAUGUCAUCCAGGGCCAUGAUGAAGACACAGAUGACCUGAUGUUGACAUUUAUUGUGGAAGAACCACCCAGGCUGGGGGAGAUCUUGGUGAAUGGGGCGCUAGCAGAGCGUUUCACACAGCAAGACAUCAUCAAUGGAGUUGUUGUAUAUGCACACACCAGUGGUGAAAUAGGGCCUUAUAAGGUGCAUGACUCUUUCAAUCUCACUAUAUCUGACAUGUCUGAAGAGUGGGUGGUCGGAGGUAACAAGGUCCAGGGGGUGACAGUGAUGGUCACCGUUCUGCCUUUGGACAGCAUCCCUCCUAUUGUGUUUGUUGGGGAGCAGUUUCUUGUGGUGGAAGGGGAGAAGAAUGCCAUCACUCUUGAGCACAUUCAGGCUGAGGAUGUUGACACCAACAAUGAUGACAUCUUGUGCACUAUCAUCGUUCAGUCAACAUCAGGCUAUGUAGAGAACAUCUCUCCAGCAGUGGGCUCAGAGAAGUCUAGAGCGGGCACUGCAAUCACGGCCUUCACUAUAAAGGAUGUCGGCCUAGGCCACAUCCUUUAUGUCCAGAGCAUCCACAAAGGCGUAGAGCCAGUGGAGGACAGAUUCACAUUCCGCUGUUCAGAUGGUAUCAAUUUCUCUGAGCGACAUUUUUUCCCCAUUGUAAUUGUGCCCGCCAACGAUGAAAAGCCUGAGAUUUUUGUACGAGAGUUUAUUGUGAUGGAGGGCAUGAGCCUUGUGAUCGACACGCCCAUCCUGAACGCAGCAGAUCUAGACAUCCCUGGUGAUGAGCUUGAAUUUGAGAUCAUCAAAAACCCCAAGCAUGGCAGCAUUGUCCAACAGAUGAGCUCUGGAACUUCCCAGGUGAUUAAGUUCUCCCUUGAGCAAAUAAAGGAGGCCUCCAACAUUGUCUACGAGCAUGAUGACUCAGAGACUAAGGAGGACAGCUUUGAAAUCAGACUCUCUGAUGGCAAGCACACUGUUGAGAAGAAGGUGCUCAUCAUGAUCAUUCCUGUUGAUGAUGAGACACCCAGAAUGGCAAUCAAUGAUGGUCUGGAAGUUGAAAUCGGAGAGACCAAAGUAAUCAGCAACAGGGUCCUGAAAGCUACCGACCUUGACUCUGAAGAUAAGGGCCUCACUUACAUAAUCCGCCACGGGCCUGGACAGGGCUACCUCCAGCGCAUCACCAAACAUGGAGACGUGGUUGGCAACAUAACAAUCGGGAGGAACUUCACACAAGACGAGCUUGACAAACGACUGAUCCAGUAUGUUCACAUAGGUCAGGAGGGAGUCCGUGACCUUAUGAAAUUUGAUGUGACAGAUGGCAUCAACCCCCUCAUCGACCGCUACUUCUACAUAAACAUUGGCAGCAUUGACAUGGUCUUCCCUGAUGUCAUCAACAAAGGUGUGACCCUCAAGGAGGGAGGCAAGGUGACCCUGACUACUGAUCUUCUGAGCACAACUGACAUCAACAGCCCAGAUGAAUUCCUGGCCUUCAGCAUUACACGUGCCCCCAGCAGAGGUCACCUGGAGUGCACAGACCUUCCAGGUGUGCCCAUCUCCACAUUCACACAACUACAGCUCGCAGGAAACAAAGUCUACUACAUCCACACUUCUGAUGAUGAGAUGAAAAUGGACAGCUUUGAGUUUGAGGUGACAGAUGGCUACAACCCUGUCUUCCGUACAUUCAGAGUGUCGAUCACUGAUGUGGACAAUAAGAAGCCGGUCCUGACUGUUAACAUGCUGGUGGUGGAGGAGGGAGAGUCCAAGUUGAUCACGCCUUUUGAGUUGACUGUGGAAGACCGCGACACACCGGACAAUAUGCUCCGCUUUGUGGUCACACAAGUGCCUGUUCACGGUCAGCUUCUGUUUAACAGCAGCCAGCCUGUCACCACAUUCACCAAACAGGACCUGAAUGAAAACCUCAUCACAUACAAUCAUGACGGCACAGAGACAAACGAGGACAGCUUCUCAUUCACUGUUACAGAUGGAACACACACAGAUUUCUAUCUGUUUCCUGACACAGUCUAUGAGACCCGAAAGCCCCAGACUAUGACCAUUCGGAUCAACACGGUUGAUAACGGCGUACCACAGAUCCUGGUGAACAAGGCGGCACCAACUCUGAGGGCGCUGCACACGGGGCACCUGGGCUUCUUGAUCACCAGCAAAGCCCUGAAGGCUGAGGACAGAGACAGCCCAAGGAAAGUGCUCAGGUUCUCAGUGGCUGAACCUCCUCAGCAUGGGUUCAUCAUCAACACAGCCCAAGGCAACGACAGCAUCAAGACCUUUACACAAGCUGACAUUGAUGAAAUGAAGAUCUGUUAUGUACUGCUGGAUGGUAGCAAUGCCACAAGUGACAUCUUCUACUUCACCGUUGAGGACAAUGGGGGCAACAAGUUGAAGCCUCAGCCUUUCAGGCUCAACUGGGCCUGGAUCUCGCUGGAGAGAGAGUACUACCUGGUGGACGAGGAUGCCAAGUUUCUGGAAGUGACCCUCAAGCGUAGAGGAUACCUGGGAGAAACCUCAUUUGUCAGCAUUGACACAAAGGAUGGCACAGCAGUGAAGGACAAGGACUUCAGGGGCAAGUCACAGAAGCAGGUCCAGUUUAAUCCAGGUCAGACCCUGGCCACAUGGCGAGUCAAGAUCUUCACCGACCAGGAGUUUGAGACGUCAGAGGCCUUUGAGAUCCAGCUUUCAGAGCCAGUGAUGGCUGUGCUUGAGUACCCAAAUACAGCCACUGUGGAGAUUGUGGACCCUGGCGAUGAGUCCACUGUGGUUAUCCCCGAGGCUGAGUACCACAUAGAGGAGGACAUCGGGGAGCUUCUGGUCACUGUGCGCCGUACUGGAGACAUCAGUCAGGAACUCAUGGUGAUCUGCUACACACAGCAAGGCAGCGCCACAGGCACCAUCCCCAGCUCCGUCCUGUCUUACUCUGAUUACAUCACUCGUCCUGAAGACCACACGAGUGUUCUGCGCUUUGACAAGGACGAACGUGAGAAGCCAUGUCGCAUCAUCAUCAUCGAUGACUCUCUCUAUGAGGAGGAAGAGAGCUUCAAUGUCUCGCUGAGCAUGCCCAUGGGAGGCCAAGUGGGCACCAACUUCCCUAGUGCCCGUGUGGUCAUCCUGGCAGACCAUGAUGACGAACCCUCCCUGUACUUUGGGGAGCUGGAGUACUCUGUGGAUGAGAGUGCAGGUUAUGUGGAGGUGCGAGUAUGGAGGACAGGCACAGAUCUCUCCAAAACUGCCACUGUGACCGUCCGCUCCCGCAAGAGUGAACCCGUCUCUGCUGAAGCCGGGCUCGACUACGUUGGCAUCAGCCGUAACCUGGACUUUGCCCCCGGUGUGACGAUGCAGACCCUGAGGGUGACCAUUCUAGAUGACCUGGGUCAGCCGCAGCUGGAGGGUCCCGAGACCUUUGACCUGGUGCUGCGCAUGCCCAUGAACGCUGUGCUGGGAGAGCCCAGCAAGACCACCAUCACCAUCAACGACACUGUUACUGAUGUGCCAAAGGUGCAGUUUAAGGAGGGCGAGUACCAUGUGGAUGAGGCCGACGGUGUGGUCCGUGCCAUACUGUACCGCAGCGGAGACAUCAGCCUGCACUCCACGGUGCGCUGCUACACCCGCCAGGGCUCCGCUCAAGUCAUGAUGGAUUACGAGGAGAGACCCAACACCGACGCUUCAGUCAUCACCUUCCUGCCAGGUGAGAGUGAAAAACCAUGUACUGUGAACCUGGUGGAUGACUCAGUCCAUGAGGAGGAUGAGGAGUUCCGCAUGGUACUGGGAACGCCGAAGAGCAAAUCACCCUACGGAGCCGCCGUGGGGGAACAGAAGGAAGCACUGGUCACAGUCACUGACAACAAAGACAAACCUAUCAUUAGGUUCUCAGAGCUGAAGUACAGUGUGAGGGAACCACAGGUGGCUGGGGAGAUUGCUGUGGUGAAGGUCCCCGUGCUGCGCCUGGGUGACACCUCUAAAGUGUCUGUGGUGAGAGUCCACACUAAAGACGGCUCUGCCACCUCAGGAGAGGACUACAACCCGCUCUCAGAAGAUGUGGAGUUUAAGGAGGGAGAGCGGGAGCAUGUGGUGGAGAUUGAGGUUCUCUAUGAUGGAAAGAGGGAGAUUCGAGAGGCCUUUACUAUCCACAUGAAACCUGAUGAGUACAUGAUAGCCGAGACACAGAUGAACAAAGCUAUUGUUUACAUUGAGGAGAUGGACAGUGUUGCAGAUGUCACCUUCCCAGCAGUACCUCAGGUUGUUUCCCUGCUGACAUAUGAUAACGCAGGACACGUCAAGGUCCACCCACAUCCCCCCAAUGGAUACCCGGUCGUAUGCGUCACGGCCUGCAACCCCAAAUACUCGGACUUUGAUAAGACCGGCUCCAUCUGCACGUUGGAGAGCAUAAACGACACACUGACCCAGUACCGCUGGCUCGUGAGCGCUCCCACCGGGUCCGACGGCGUCACCAGCCCCAUGCGAGAGGUGGACACGAACACCUUCUUCACCAACACCAAAUCCAUCACUCUGGACUCCAUCUACUUCCAGGCUGGCUCGCGGGUCCAGUGUGCCGCCCGGGCGUACAACAUUAAAGGAGAAGCCGGCCUGGAGCUCAGCUCACCCAUCUCCAUCAUCAGCCGUGAGGACGGUAUGUGCCAGCCUCGUAUCCCUGGUACUGUGGGCGCUGAACCGUUCUCCACCAAGAUCCGUUACACAGGACCGGACGACCCUGACUACCCAAACCUGAUCAAGCUGACUGUCACCAUGCCCCACAUGGACGGCAUGAUGCCAGUCAUCUCCACACGGCCCCUCUCCAACUUCGAGCUGACGCUGAGCCCUGACGGCACCCGUGUGGGGAACCACCGCUGCUCCAACCUGCUGGACUUCAACGAGAUCCAGACCGGCCACGGCUUCAUCACCGACUCCACCAAGAACCCCGAGAUCAUUGGCGAGACCUCGCCAUACCAGUACAGUCUGGCCAUGCGCAGUGCCAACUCGCUGCGCUUCUACCGCAACCUCAACCUGGAGGCCUGCCUGUGGGAGUUCAACAGCUACUACGACAUGUCCGAACUGCUCAACACCUGUGGUGGCUCCAUCGGCACUGAUGGACAGGUUCUGAACCUGGUGCAGUCCUACGUGACGGUGCGCGUGCCACUGUUUGUCUCGUACGUCUUCCACUCUCCUGUGGCUGUGGGCGGAUGGCAGCAUUUUGACCUGCAGUCUGAGCUCCGCCUCACCUUCGUGUACGACACCGCCAUCUUGUGGCAGGAUGGCAUUGGCAGCCCACCAGAAGCAGAACUGCAAGGAGCCAUGUACCCCACCAGCAUGCGCAUCAACGAAGAGGGCCGCCUGGUGGUCAACUUCAAGACUGAGGCUCGCUUCAGGGGCCAGUUUGUCAUGUCUCACUCAGCGACCUCUACGACAUCCAUGGUGAUGUCCGGUGAUCACCCUGGACUCACCUUCACCAUCUCUCUGGUGCGCACUGAGCCCACCUACAACCAGCCCAUGCAGCAGUGGAGCUUCGUGUCAGAUUUUGCUAUCAGAGAUUAUUCCGGUACAUACACGGUGAAGCUGAUCCCCUGCAGCGCUGCCCCCAGUGGAGAGUUCAGCAUCCCCCCCGUCUGCCACCCCAGAGAGCCCCUCACCUUUGACAUGGACAUCCGCUUCCAGCAGGUGAGUGACCCAGUAUCAGCAGAGUUCAGUUUAAACACCCAGAUGUUCCUGCUGUCCAAGAGAGAGCUUUGGCUGUCAGAUGGAUCUAUGGGCUUUGGAGAAGGAAGUGACUCUGCAUUUUCUGAAGGUUCCCAAAUCUAUGGCCGUGUGAUGGUGGAUCCUGUGCAGAACCUGGGCGAAUCGUUCUCCUGCAGCAUUGAGAAGGUCUUCCUCUGCACUGGCACUGACGGUUAUGUCCCCAAGUACAACCCCACUAAUAAGGAGUAUGGAUGCCUCGCUGAUGCCCCCUCUCUGCUCCACCGUUUCAAGAUCCUGGAUAAAGCCCAGCCUGAGACCCAGGCCACUGCCUUUGGAGAUGUUUUGUUUGAUGCCACUCUGGCUCUGGACACUCAAGGAGCUUUGCCCCUGGUCAGACAGCCUGGUUCGGAUGGCUUCGCCCUCUCCUCCACCCCACUCUUCCAGGUGGCAGCUGGCCGUGAGUGGUUCAUCCACACGAUCUACACCCUCCGCUCCCGUGAGAACGCUAACCGCGGCAUCGGCAAACGCAGCUUGGAGUACCACCACAGCGUUUCCUCCGGCUUCUCUGACGCCGUCAGCCAGCCUCAGAGUCGCCAGCGCCGCUCUGCUCCAGAUCCCGAUGCCCUAGACAUCGGCCUUGAAAACAAUCGGGGCACCAACCUCCAGCACAUUGCCCUGGACCGAUCCGACCGCAUCCUCGUGAGCCAGAGGCAGCCCUGGGCCCUGGGGCCGAGUGCGGGCCUGGAGCGCCCCCUGGCGGAGGGCAGCCUGGGGAGGGAGCCUGACUCAGAGUGGGGUCUGCCGGGGGGCAUGCCCACCCUGCUGGGCGUGGCGGGGCUGCUGCUGCUGCUGUGCCUGGUGGUGCUGCUGGUGGUGCUGCUGGUGCGGCGGAAGCGGAAGGAGAAGAAGUACCCGCCUUUUUCCACCUCGUCCAGCGCAGCCUAUCGCGACGCCGGCAGCAGCAACCAAGGCAUGGCCAGCGCGUGGCAGCGCUCCGACAGCUCUGAGGUUUAGAGGGUGCCCACAGCAACUUAUCUCUCUCUCUCUCUCUCUCACCCAGAUAGCCCCUGUCCUGCCCAUUCCCCCCAUCAGCCACUUCAGUGGCCUCUGAGCAUACCACUCCCCAAACUCUAAAGGCAGCUUGCCUGCUGGACGGCCCAGUAGAUUAGAGUCAAAUGAAGGUGAGAGAUAAGAGGAUGUUGUCCUCGAGUAAAGCCUAUUACUAAAGCCAGAUAAGAAUGUAUAGUGAUCAAUUCAACAAACGACAGGGCUUUGCUGUUCAAUAAACAUAAAACUAUCAACUAGAUACCCAAUUGUGUUUUUUGAAGGGUAAUGUUCGAAAAAUGUUUGUCAGAGCCCUGAUCAUCAAUAUCUGGAUCUACUGACGGGUCCAUGCCCAGUCAAGGCAGCCGAGUGGGAAUUAGUUUAGAUCAUGUGGAGAUGGGCACACCCACUGGCUCUUCUGAUUGGGUGUGCUCCCACUUCUCUCACCUUAUCAUGUCCCAUGAUCUCCCCACCUUCACUACAACCACAAAAGCACUGUAAUAAUACCCAAGCUUGUAUUGUAGAUUGUAGAGAAUCUUCCAUUUGAUUCUUUUCCCCACUUAAUCUGGUCCUGUGCAUGGAGCUGGCAGGUUUGGUUUUCUUAUUCCUGACAUAGAUGUAGGGAUCAGGUGUCAAUGAGGCAGCCAAUCCGCCGAUCUGUAACCCGUGCAAAGAACAGAAUGGCUUACUGUAGUUAGGAGUAGUUUACUGUAGUAGACAGUAAUAUUCUGUAGAGAAUGCAAGUUUGCUCUACUUGUGACAUUGAUUUUCCUCUAAAUCUGUUAGCGAUUCUUCUCUUUUAUGUUUGUUUGUGUGUGUAUGUGUGUGUGAGAUGCGAUAGCAUGCAGUUGAAUAGAUGGGUAAGAUUUGGCAGUUGACAAUACUGGAUGUGAUAAAUUUAUGUAUUUUUAUAUUAAUUAAUUAUUGAUGCACUGUUGUGUUUUAGAGCACAUGUCAGUGUUCCCAUGAAAACAUGCCAUAGAUAUGGUGCUAAUUAAAGGGAUUGCAAUGUGUCAUUUCUGUCAUUCAAGUGCAUUACUAUUCAAAUUUGUAAAUGUUUUUAUACAUUUUAUUUUUGUUAUGACUGAAAUGUGCUUUAGAGACAAACCAAUGGUGCAUUUGUUGUGUACAUAACUGCCUUUACAUUAUACCAUGUGACAAGAGGAUACAAACACUAUCGUUGUACCCUGAUAAAACUUGAAAAAAAAAAAGAAUCUCAGAUGACCUUAUAGUGACUAGCCCCAUUGAAAUAUUAACUUAUACCUGAAUGAGGCCAUAAAGCAAAAUGUAGAAUUUCAGAGAGAAAAUUGAUCCCCGUGUCAAUGUAGAAUGUGUUUUUCAAAACUGAGAAUGACUCACAUUGUUCCACAGUCUAUGAACUCACUGAUGUAUUCAAAUCUUUCUUGCCAAAUAUAAAUAUUAUACAUUUAUGGCUUUUCUCUUCAUUGAUGUUCCCCCUUUUCAUUGAAAACAUUAAAAAGUGGUGUCAGU